AGCUUGAGCGGAACAAGGGGCAGAAAUAAAGAUGGCGGCGGCGCACUGAGGCGAGAAAGAACUCCAGUAGUGUUCAAGAUUUUUGGUUAUUGUUAUUUUCGUUUUGAUUAUUGAAGGCUGAAUUGGACGGCGGAUAAUCACAGAAAACUGCAAAACAGUGACCAUGGCUCAAAAUAAAAGUGGUUACGUCCCGUUUGUGGACUCCUGCUCGCCUCCGCCCCCACAGGCGUUCGUGUACGGGCAGCCGAACCCCGCCGGAUUCGUCCUUCCUCCUCCAGACUACAACGCGAUGCCGGGAGUCCCGGGAGCGCCCGGAGGGCCCGUCGGCGUUCCCUUUCCUCCUCCGGGAGCUUUCACACAUCCGAUGUUCGUUCCUGGGGGACCCGGAUAUCCACAGGCUCCUUUUCCAAACGCGGCUCCGUACAACCCUCCGCCCCCAAAUCCUACUCCGAACCCAACUCCAUACGAGUACACUCCGGAUGCAUCCAACAAUUUUUACCAAACUGACGAGCCUCCUCCGGUGUACGACCACGAGGAGAUCACCAUCUCAGGGUUCGACGACAAGUUGGUGAGACGCGCGUUCAUCCGCAAGGUGUUCUUGGUUCUCAGCGUCCAGCUGCUGAUCACCUUCUCCGCGGUCGCUCUGUUCACCUUUGAGCAGAACAUCAAGACGUUUGUGAGGGAGAACAGCUGGACGUACUACGUGUCCUACGUCAUCUUCCUCGUCCCGCUCAUCGCCAUCAGCUGCUGCGGGGAAUUCCGCCGCAAACACCCAUGGAACCUGAUUGCCUUGUCGGUGUUGACUCUGAGCAUGUCCUACAUGACGGGAAUGAUCGCCAGCUUCUACGACACGGACACCGUCGUAAUGGCCGUCGGCAUCACCGUGGUGGUCUGCUUCACCGUGGUGAUCUUCUCCCUGCAGAGCAAGUACGACUUCACUUCCUGCGCCGGAGUGCUGUUCGUCUGCGUGAUCGUCCUCUUCAUCUUCGGGAUCCUCUGCAUCUUCAUCCGUAACAACAUCCUGCACAUCGUUUACGCCUCGCUGGGCGCGCUCGUCUUCACCUGCUUUUUGGCGGUGGACACGCAGCUGCUCCUGGGGAAUAAGAAGCUGUCUCUGAGUCCCGAGGAGUACGUGUUCGGAGCGCUGAACCUCUACCUGGACAUCAUUAACAUCUUCCUGUACAUCCUGCAGAUCGUCGGACGAAGCCGCAACUAACACUAGCGCUGUCUGCGGGGGAGUGCACGUCAUGGCGGCCCUGGUAGACGUCACAGGGGUCUUUAAUGUCUUUAUAGAUAGAAUAGGCUGUUUUAUCAAUGUUUGUGGUUUAAAAAAAAAUCAUAACUUGUGAAUCAACAUUAUUAUUAUUAUUAUUAUUAUUAUUUACACUAAACAACGAUCCACUUUCUCAAUCCUGAUUUACAUUAACGGAAGCCUGUAGGGUUUAUGUUCGAAUCCCAAACCGGCGUCUUCUGGCUCGGCUCAGGACUCGCGGAGUCGCUCCCGUCGCCGCUUCCCCGGGUUUCCGGUCCUGUAAAUACAGAUCCAGUUCUCUGUUUGAGUUCGUUUCUGCGCUGCUGCGAUGAUGUCGUGAGAUCACUUAUCACCCCUUUAAUGCAGUGAUCCAUUAGCUGUAGUGUGUAACCAUGUAUUAGUAGACGUGGAAUUACAGUGUGAUGUCUUUAUUUUUCUCUCUAGGGGACUAACACUUACACACACACACACACACACACACACACACGUUUUUAGUUUUAGUUUCUUUAAAUCUCACUUUCUUGAUUUCUUUCCACUGCUGUGUUUCAGAAAAACGUGUAAAAAAAAAAAAAACUAUCUGUAUUUUUGUUGUUGCUGACCAGUGUAUAUCUGAUAAAAAGACGAGAAAUAAAUCUUUUUUUUCCCUCUCA